AUGGCUGAAGCAGCGGAAAGUUCGGGCUCCUCCGAACUCGAGGCGAUGAUGGAAGAAUUGGGACUCGAGGAGGAUGAUCUGCAGGAUGUGAUCGUGGAAGAGGAUGAACUCCCGGAGGAGGCGACCCGCUGGAUGGCGAUAGCUAGGAUUCACACCGAUAAACCCUACAACCAGUAUUGGUUCUUUCGGAACAUGAGGGUGGCCUGGGAUCUAGCCCAGGAGGUGAAUAUCAAACCACUCGAGGAAAACCUCUAUACGAUGCAGUUUUCGUGUCUCGGUGACUGGGAAAGGGUUAUGGAGGACGGACCGUGGAACUUCAAAGGGAAGGCAGUCAUGAUGGCACACUAUGAUGGAUUUACAAAGCCCUCUUCCAUAGAGCUCAAUAAAGUUGAGAUGUGGGUGCAAAUACAUGACUUCCUUCAAGGAUACUUCUCCAAGAUCAGAACAUUAUCAUCGACGGUCGGCGAGUUCAUCUAUGCCGAACCAAUGGCGCAGGACUUUGAAGGGAAUUUUGCGCGAGUGCGUGUUAACAUUGAUGUCACAAAACCUCUGAAGAACAUCGUUUCCCUAGUGGUAAAGAAGAAGGGAGAGGUUCAGAGGGUGCUCUUCAGGGUUAAGUAUGAAAGGUUGCCUGACUGGUGUGCGGUCUGUGGAUAUCUUGGUCACACUUUCAAAGAAUGCGGGGACGGAAUUCACCUCCCAAAGGCACUAGUGUUCAAGGAUCUGAGAGCAACGUGGUUUAGAGGCCCAGGGAGAGGCCCUAGAGAAAGCUCUGGAAAUAGAAGUGGCCGAGGCAGGGGCCGUGCUGGCCGUGGAAGAGGCAGAGGUGGCAUGCAGCAGAAUUCCCACACGCCCAGGAAAGAGGAUGAAACUGAGAAGAAUGCGGUGGAUGUUGAAAUGACAGAGGUAGAGAGGAAUCGCAAGAGGGGUGCUUCUCCUGUUGUUGAUCCCAAGAACUCCCCAAAUCCUCCCAUUCACAAUGGAAAAGGAGACAUGCCGCUGCUACUGUCGGCUCCAGAAAUACCGCCGAGCCCCUCGUCGAAGCAGGAGCCGAAGAGGAACAAGGCAACAGCUACAUCUCAAGAUAAAGGUCCAGUGAAGAAUUUAGCUCCAAGCAAACCCAUUGAUGCACAUUUGGCGGGCCCCCAUGGGGGGUCGCGCCAGGUGCAAUGA